GCGUGCGCAUGCGCGGUACGAGUCCCCCGUAAUGGCGGUUGCUCGUGUGUUCCAGAGACGUUGAGAAAGUUCCAGAUGAAAUCUCCUCAGUGAUGAAGCUGUGUUCAGAGUGACUACACCAUCAUACACCACAACGAACCCUCACGAUGGCAGAAGAAAACAGACGCUACCCUCAGAACUUACAGGGAGUCCUGCGAUUGGCUGUUGAAGCUGGCUCUGCCUCUGAUGGCCCCACCCCCAAUGCACCGAUGUCUCAGGAGAGGAUCGAGUUCCUGCGAGGAGCCCUGUCCCAGAUGUGUAAGGGUCAGCUAGACGAGGUGGAGCAGAUGAAGCGGUGUGUGUCUGUGCUCAUACAGGACCAGGCAGAAGAAAGAGAGGAUGAAGAGGAAGAGGAUGAGAAAGAGGCAGCACUGGAGACACUGUGUGACCUGUGUGACAACCUGGACAAUGCAAGAGACCUGAUGAAGCUGGGUGGGCUGGAGGUGUGUAUGUCCCGGUGUGUGUGUCACACUGAGGCAGGUGUACGGUGGCGUGCGGCGGAGCUGUUAGCCUGCUGUGCUCAAAACAUGCCCGAGGUCCAGCUGUACCUGCUCCAACAGGGGGCGCUACACACACUGCUGCAGCUCACUGACCACGACACACACCCCACUGUGCGGGUCAAAACGCUCUACGCCGUGUCCUGCCUUGUGCGGGAACAGGAAGUGGGCCUGCGUGACUUCCUGUCCCAUGAUGGAUUCUCGGUGCUGAUGAGGGGAAUGCAGUCAGACUGUGAGAAACUGCGUACAAAAUCAGCCUUCCUGCUGCUUAACCUGCUGACCAGCCACCCUGAACACAGAGAUACAGUGUUGUCUAUGGGGAUGGUACAGCAGUUAGUAGCAGUGCUGCGUUCUCCUCACUCCUCUGUACAUGAACAUGUACUUGGCGUCCUCUGCUGUCUGGUGGAGGACAGUGAACGCGGUGUGUGUGACUGCAGAGAUCCCUCUCUGGGACUGGAGGAGCUGCUGAACCAGAGGAUCCAGGAGCUGCAGGGUCGAGAGGAGAGCCAGGAGGAGGUGGAGUUUUGUCAGCGAUUGCGAGCGGCUUGUUUUCGAGCUCAGUCUCAGGAGGACAACGUGAUGGAUCGCUGAGUUCCUAUUGGCUGAUUUUUAAUUGCUGCCAUGCAGCGACCAGUCAGGGAGAUGGACGUCGUCUUACUUUUAUCUCUCCCUGACAGAAAACAGACUGGGACAAGAUAGCAAGAGAUAAGCAAGAGAGCUUGCUUAGUUUAACUAACACACACACACUUCAUGUUGGAUUUCAUAUGUAGUCUUUGUUUUAUGAGAUCCAUGUUUAAUCUACAGCUUGGACAUUCUUUGUAUAAACGUGGUGAAAAUGAAAAAUUUAUCUCGA